CCCUCACUGACUGCUGCCAUACUUCUCGACUCCUGCAAAACUAUCCCAAAGCUGAAUGGAGAAGUCACUCGCAUCGGUUGCGGUGGCUAUAAUCUCCGAGAUGCUUUGCACUGGAAAGAGGCGCUAUACACUCAAGUACAGAAUACUGUGCAUCAUUUAGCGGAUGCGCAUCUGCAAAUACAUACAUCAUUUUCGAAGCAGCCGUUCCAGGAUCUUCAAACGGUCUACACUCUGGCAGCCAAUGACCAUCCAUUCUUGAUGAAGUAUGAGAACAACUGGGCUGUAGCGGACUUUCUCCAUGUGUACCUCAAGAACAAGUCAGCAUCUACAAAGAAAAAGAUGAUGGCAGAAUGA